CCCAUACGCUCUAACUCGCUCAUACAUCUGUCAGUCUCUCACUCUGUGACUCUCUCUUUCUCUCUCAUGCCUUUGCUCUCUCUCUCUCUCUCUCUCGCUUUUGUCUCCAUCGUCGUCGGGUAUAGGAACAUCACUGCCAUCACACACGAGCACCACCGUCAAUCCACCAUUGAAGCAUUACCCAGGUUCCAAGGUUAUCUAUGUUGCUAGAGCACAUAAAAAAGAAUAACGCGAGCAGAUUUUAUGUUGCCAGUUUGAGGAGAAACGAAAGGAGCAAAUAAUGAAAUACCAAGGUUCAAAUGUCUAUGUCAAGAAUUUUGAUGAUGAUGUCAUUGAUGACGAGUUACGAGAACACUUCAGCCAGUGUGGCACGAUCACCUCUGCAAAACUAAUGCGAGAUGAAAAAGGAACUAGCAGGUGGUUUGGGUUUGUCUGCUUCUCAACACCUGAGGAGGCCAAUAAAGCUGUGAACAAUUUUCAUGAGAAAUUUCAGAAGAUAAUUCUUUCAUGUUUGCCACUUCACUGACUAUGUCGGGGAUCGAGCUUCCUGAUCAGCUCGCGGGAGUCCAGGGGGCAGCGCCUCUUGACGAGUUUGGGGCAGCGCCAAGGCGGGGUUGAGGGGCAGCGCCCCGAAGCAAAAUGCAAAAAUGCAUUCGAAGUUACUUGUCUGCUUGGGCAGACAUUCCUCUGCUCGAACAGAGAAUCCUUGGUUCCAGAAGUUUGAUUGCCUUCAAAAAUACUGGGAGAUGUUUUUUCCCGCUUGAGGGAAAUUUCCUGCGCUUGAGCGUCGAUUCGCUCAAGUGGCCAUUCUGGCGCUCGAGCGGAGAUCGCGGAACAAAUUGCUAUAAAUAUAUGUUUUAGUCAGAUUUUAGGGUUACGCUUCCAGAUCUUCUUCUUGGAUAUUAGGGUUUAUAUCUGGGGCUAUUUUGCUAGUUUUCUUUGAUGUUUGAUUGAGUAUUCAAUUCAUGGUUU